UUGGACUUUUUCAAUUCAUUUUGGUUUGCAUUUUCCUUUCGGAGUUCAUUGAAUUUCUGAGGAUUUUUUUGUUCAUUUAAAGUAAAAUCAUUUAUAAGAAAUUGUGUGAUAUUUCUAAUUAGCUGAGCUCAAUAGUCAUCAAUGCAAUAUGAUGAUUAAUUCAUCAUCGAAAUAUAUCGUCAUAUUUUUGUUUGUAUUCAAAUGGAUAUAUGCGCAAAAUUUUAACGGUUGUGAUUUUUACAAAGAAUUAACUCCUGGAGUUGUUUAUACAUUUACAUCACCAAAUUCACCGAAUCUAUAUAAACCGGGCACAUUUUGCCGUUACACUGCCACCGCUCCAAUUGGAAAUCAAAUCACGUUAAAAUGCACUGAAGUCAAUUUACCGUUUUCUGAUCGAUGUUCGGGUGAUCGUUUGCAAGUGUCUAGAGCCGGAAAUAUCAAUUUGGCUGAUAGUGAACGCUAUUGUUCCGGACCAUUUACAACGAAAUCAUUUUCCGAAAGGCUUGUCGUGGCUUUAUUGUCGCCACCACAAAGUUCGGGCGGUUUCUAUCGAUGUGAAUUGUAUGCGUUAAAAGGUUGUGAUUGUGGUCGAAAGAAAAAGUCACGAAUUGUUGGCGGCACUGAAACCGUUAUAAAUGAAUUUCCAAGCAUGGCAGCGAUUGUAACGAAACGCGAUGGUAAACUUCAGUGUGGAGCCACGAUAAUUGAUCAAUAUUAUGCAUUGACGGCUGCUCAUUGUGUGAAUACACCAGGAAUGUAUGCAGACGAUAUAGAAUUAUUGGUUGGCGAACAUGAUUAUCGCACUCCAUCGGAAACGCCAUAUUCGAAAAUGUAUGAGAUUGUAUCAGCAGUAAAACAUCCGAGUUAUUCGUCAGAAAAGGAUAUAAAUGAUAUUGCAAUUGUAAUGACACGUCAUCCCAUUGCAUUCAAUUCGGCCGUUGGACCUGUUUGUCUUCCAUUUAAAUAUCAAUCGGCUUCGUUUGAAGGUCGUCGUGUUGAAGCAUUGGGGUGGGGUACAAUUGAAUACGGAGGCCCUACUUCGCAUCGACUACAAAAAGUAUUUUUGGACGUAACAAGUCAAUCGAAUUGUGAAGCAACCUAUCCAAAUCGAAUAACAUCCGGACAAUUUUGUACUUACUCACGUGGCAAAGACACAUGCAGCUACGAUUCGGGUGGCCCCUUGAUGUACACCGAUCUCACUGGAAAUAAUUUACUAUAUCAAAUUGGCAUCACAAGCUAUGGACUGAGCUGUGCCACUAACACGCCAAGUGUAUCAACAAAAGUGUCUGCCUACCUAGAUUGGAUAAGAAAUGAGGCAAAAUACGCCAGAUUUUGUGUUCAAUAAAUUUUUAGAGGUUUAAUUUAUUUGAUUGAAUUAUAAAAUGUUGGAAAAUAAAAUCAAAUAAAUAAUUUAA